AUGUUUCAUGAUGCCAUUAAAGAGGAAAUUGUUUGUCUUACAGAUAAUUCCAAAUCAAAACACAACAACGCAGUUAGUAAUAAGAUCGAUAUUGUCGCCAUACUUCUCGGUCUACAAUAUCACAGCGUUCUCUCAAUUGUUUCAGACUUGCCUGAAGGCAGCAUCAGCCAACUAGAAGUAGUCGGAUCGAAGACAACUUGCCUGGAGGACCAGACGUUGGCCGGUUGCCAAGUGCAGGCUCUCAUUCUGACCAAUAACCACUUGCAACACGUGGCAGAUCGAGCUUUCAGGUGA